AAGCUUGCUUGAGGGAUUGGGGGGCCGUGGGUAGAGAUUGGGGGCAUUGGCUUAAACUAUAAAUUUACCGAAAGGACUCUGCCCCGCCAUCGUCUUCCUUUGCUGGCUCCCGUGGAGAAAUCCGGUCCUCCGGGCAAGGGUGGAUGGUCUUCUGGGAUCCCGAGGUAGCGACAGGGGCCCACACUUGCCAGCAGUGAGGGGAGGAAACUCAUCCAUCUCCGAGCCUUGAAUUACAUCCAGGUCCUGAGACGGACAGUCAUUACCCCUGGGCAUGGCAGGUGACUCACCCAUAGCGAAGUCGCCACUCACCCCCACACAAAACGUUUACUAAAGGACAGUGCGCAAGCGAUCAUUACUACCGGAGUCAACAACAAUGAAGUUCCAGCAAAUGUGCAUCGACGCUCAGGUCAGCAGCGACUCAGCAGCUUCGGCUCAACUGACUCAACCAGUUGCUACCAUCCAUUUACGGGAUUUUUCAGCACGAGCCUAGGGAAUUACUGAUUUGUGCCUUUGUGGGGGGAGCCCUGUCAGGUGAUCACAGUGGCGGCGGCGGGUCAGGAAUAAACAACUUGUAAGGCGUUGCUGUUCAACAUUGAGUGAUGGUAUACCAUGACUCACGGAAGGCGUCUUGCCCUGGGCAUCUUCAUUCUUCUGCUGGUGGAUAUCAUUUGGGUUGCAUCCUCAGAACUCUCAGAGUACAUCUUCAAUAACACUGGCUUUGAUAAGCCCUUCUUCAGCACCUACUUAAAGACCAGCAUGUUUACACUCUACCUCUUGGGUUUUAUCUUCUGGCGACCAUGGCGACAUCAAUGUUCUCACAGCAAUCACGAUGAACGUAUAUACCAGGAAGUUGAUGCAAAUGAGGAUGAGGGAGACCCACUUUCUCCUGAAAGUCGACAUUUGAGGACAGACCUUCCUCCUGCAUCCAUCUUCACUGUGGAUCAAGUGGCCUCCAGUGUUGCCAGAGACACUGAUGAAGAAGCCCAGCUUACUCACUUGGUUCUUUGGCGCUACUUACCUAUUGAACGUCCUCAGACUUUUGGCCACAAAGUACAUCACCAGAGUGAGCCAAGCUAUGUUCCACUUAAGUUGCAAGAGUCACAUGAGAAAAGCUCAGAUGGAGAGAGCGAUGACUCUUCUGUCAAGUCCGUCCGUUUCAGUAAGCUGACAGAGGUGCGGCAGAUGUCUGAGUCUGAUGCUGUGGAUGCCAUGUUGUCCCGCCUCUCCUUUUCUGCUUCCAUUCGGGCUGAGCAGUUGGCUCUUCAACAGGCAAACAAGUUGUCAAUUAAGGAAGUUAUGAAAGUAUCAUGCAUUUUCUGUUUACUGUGGUUUGCUGGAAACUAUGCCUACCAGAUUGCUCUAAGCAACACAGAAGCAGGUGUGGUCAAUGUCAUCUCUUCAGCUUCUGGUCUCUUCACUCUUAUUCUUGCUGCCAUCUUCCCAUCAUCAGUUGCAGACAAAUUCACUAUAUCCAAGCUAUUCUCAGUUCUACUUAUGGUUGUAGGAGUGGGACUGAUAAGCCUUGAAGAUAUCAGUUUGGAGGGCAAGAGUGUACCAAUAGGAGUAAUUUGGGCAGUGGCAGGAGCAGUUCUCUAUGCUUGUUACAUGGUCUUCCUUAAGUGGAGAGUACCUACUGAGGAGCAGAUGGAUUUUACCAUGUUCUUUGGUUUUGUGGGUUUAUUCAAUGCUAUCAUCCUUUGGCCUGGAUUUCCAUUGCUGGAUGUCAUUGGCUGGGAACCCUUCCAGUUGCCUAACCUCCAGCAGCUGCUCUACAUGUCUGUAAAUGGUCUAGUGGGCACAGUGUUGUCAGAAUUAUUGUGGUUAUGGGGUUGUUUCCUAACUUCAUCUCUGCUCGCAACACUUUCAUUGAGCCUCACUAUUCCACUCACAAUGUUUUUGGAUGUCUGGCUUAAGGGUGUGCAGUACUCCAUCCUUAUAUAUCUUGGUGCAGUGCCUAUGCUGCUUUCCUUCGUUGGUGUCACUCUUCUCACCCAUUUUGACAACUGGGACCCACUGAUGGAUGGCUUCAGGUACAUAAGCAGAAAAUGUUCCAAGCAGGACCACUUAUAUAGUUUGGUAGACACAGAAGGGAUGGAGAGGGAGAGUCUAAUAGUGAAUGCAGGUGAUGCAGAUGGAGAUGAUGACAUUGAAAGGGAAGAAGAGGAAGAAGAGGUUGACACUACACUCCUCAACAGCAACACCAAUGUCAGCAAUAUUCUGGUUGCAAAUGGUAGCAAUUCUUCUAGUAUUGAUUAUGAUGCUGCCACCCAAGGCCAUACUAAUAGACAUUCAAUUGCUGAUCAUGUUUGAUAGUAGCAUAAGAUCAUGAUACACAAUUAUCUUUUCAUGUCCAUAGUUUUUUCAGCCAUAAUGAAACCUUUUUCAAAAUUAAUAUUGUCAUUGUUUUGCAUUUGUUCAUAACCAUCUACCAUAUUUAGUCAUAUACUUUUUUUUUUUUUUUAUUAUUAAUAUAGGCAGUCUUCUUUUUCAGCAAUGAGAGGCUGGUACUUUGGUGUCAGACUUGGAUUAGAUAUAUAUUUUGUGAUUGUGAAGAUUUCUAGCUGUUUGAAUUUUCAAUACAGUAAAACCUCUUUAUGGCAGAUUAUUCAAUAGAAACUUCUAGUAGAAAUAGUUGAAUCAACUGAGGUACCAUCAUGAUUAUCAUAAUCAGUCUCAAUGAUUUCACUGCAGGACAAAGACAUCUCCAGUCUUUGCCAUGCAUUUCUGUCACUUGCAAAUCUUUUCUAGGACAUCUUAUGAAAAUUUCUUAAUUCUCAUUGUUUUUCAUGUUUGCCCUGUCUUUUACCAUCCAUUUAAUUUUCAUCAGUCUUUGUAGCACCUUGGUUGCUGCUCAUGUCAACAUUUUUUCUUUAAAUGCUGUUCAAAUGACUUUUAUUUGUUCUUUGAUCCAUGAUGCUCUUUUCUGAUCUUUUCAUUAUAUACAAAGCACUCCUCAUUCCAUUCCCUUUUUGGCUUUUUGAAGUCUUCAUUCCAUCACUUUCUCCACUUUUCUCUCUCUCUGUAUUAAAAUUGUUUAAAAUCUUUCUCUUUAUUUAUUCUGAGAGAAUAUAGUUCUUAAUGCUCUUUUGUCCAUUAAGGCCUCUCUCUCUCUCUCUCUCUCUCUCUCUCUCUCUCUCUCUCUCUCUCUCUCUCUCUCUCUCUCUCUCUCUCUCUCUCUCUCUCUCUCUCUCUCUCUCUCUCUCUCUCUCUCUCUCUCUCUCUCUCUCUCUCUCUCUCUCUCUCUCUCUCUCUCUCUCUCGUCAUCUGGACUUACACUAACUUUCUGUCUUAGAUAUAAUCUUGGACUCGUUGUUACUUCACCUUCUUUUGUAUUUCAUUGUCUGAUAUAGUAUAGUCCCGUGGUUCUUGACUUUUUCAGUGGACACACCCCUUUCAACUGAGCAGUCAGUUCUUGCAUCCCUGAAUUGUUGAGAUACAAAAAAUGCUAAAAUACAAAAAUUUUUUUAUUUCCAUUGACAAAGCUUUUUUGUAUGCCAGUUCACGAGGAAAUUAUCUCUUUACUGUUGCACAUGAUCUCCCUAGAAAACAGUACCAGCAUAUUCCUGUAAGUUUUCUUUCUUUCUCUCUCAUCAUAAUAAAUAACGUGUGUACAAAAAUAUAUUUUGCUUUAAUUUUCAUAGGCAUCAUCGCAUCCCUAGGAAAAGGCCUUGCUGCAAGCAUCUCUGGUUAAGAACCACUGGUAUAUUCAUUGAUCAUCACUUACAAUUUUUUCAUGUACAUCUUAAUAUCUAUUUUUUUAAUUUUCUGUGUAAUUUCAAAUUACACUUUUGUAAUAACAAAUUUUGUAAUAACAAAUUUUGUAAAUAACAAAUUACAUUUGUUAUUUAUGUUAAUUUCUGGCUCUUCUCAUUCCUAGUUCUUAAAGACUUUUUUUCUAUUACUACAAUGAACAUUUUAAGAGAAACAUUGUUGCUAUAAUUGUUUCCUUAUUGGCAUUUUCUUGUUGACCUUAUUUAGCUUUAUGUUGGCUAUUUAUGCUUUCCUUGAACUAAAUCUUUCCUAAUACCUUCAUAUUUGUUUCCCCCUAUCUCUUCCUGAAUGCUUUCAGAAUUAGUUUACUAAAAAGCUUUUAUAACUAAGAUGUAGUAGCCAGUUAAAGUACCUCCUUCAUUUUUGGUCUAUUUGUUUGUGUGAAUGCACCUGAGAGAAUGUGUGAAAGUGGAGAGUCAGUGUUAAAGUGAUAGCAAUUUACACUUAUUCAAAGCCAAGCAAUGAUGGUUGAGUGACCAGAUCAUCAAGAAUGGCUGGCAGCUUUUUGUAUUUCUUCUUUCUCCUUGGAAGGUGGUAGUUCACUUCCUUGAUGACCUGGUCAUGGAGAACUUCAUAGAGAACAGUUUUGUUGCCAAAUGUUACCUGUCCUGUCAACAAAUGCAGAGUCUCUUUUAGGUUCAUACCCAGAUAAACACAGGUGCACAAACACAGUCAUGCAGUGUAUCUUAAUUUAGUAGUAUGAUCUCAGGCACAACAGAAGAAUUAUUUAUUAUUUUCUUUUGUGAAUAUGCAGCAAAAUGAUAUUAUCGUAAGUGUGGUCUAAUUGCUGUCCCUAAUCCUCCCUAAUGUUUUUAACUUUCUGUAUAUAUUAUACAGACACACAUAUAGCAUAAUUAUAUGAUAUAAUAUUUAACAUUUUUUGUAUGUUUUGGCUUGCAUUCUGAAAAUCCUUACUUCCCCUUUUCCAUUGUUUUGGUUGUGCAUGUAAAGCCCAAGCAAAUAAAACAAGGAAACAAUAACACAAUAUAGGAUAAAAGGUAUUUUAAUGUCAGGGUAUGUUUGGGUUAGGAAAGAGGUAAUGACUGAUUGAAACAUUAUUAUUGCAAAUUCAUAUUAUGAAGGAGAAGGUUAGAGCCUCCCUAGUCAUAAUGACUGUAGGCCAUCCAGAAUAAUGUUUGGAGAUAUGUGAUUUAUAGAUAUGCAACAGACUACUCCUAAAAUUGUGUAAUAAUUAUUGACCCACAAAGGACAAGGCAGUCUAAGCUGUCUGUGACAACAUUCCCUCCCUCAAGGCUCUUGCAGCCACAGAUGCUGACCAUCAUGAUCUUACUGUGUGUGGUUGUGAAUGCUGAAAUUAUUCUACUUAAAGGGAUGAAACAAAACAUUAGUGACAACUAAUCAUCAUCAUUGUAAUCAUCAUAAUCAUUAUUGCCUGUAUUUGAGAGGUUCCAUUCAUUCAUAAUUAAAUUUGCCAGCUUAUUCAUCCAAUGGCAGCUCUUCAGAAUGUGUAGUCUCUAGCACUCACCCUGCUUACACCUAAGUCAAAAAGGUUUUUCUUCAUCACUUCAUUCUAAGUUUUCUUGGAUCUGCCUCAAAAUUUCUACUAACUUUAUUUAGAUCUUAUGUUUCUACACAAGUCCAUGUGUCUUCCUCUUUACUGCCACCAGUUGGCUGAUACUGGCAUUUUGAGUUUAUCACUAUCUACUUUAAAUGCAAAGUUGUUCAUUUGGCUUGACUGCCAUAACAGGGUUUUACUGUGUUAGGUAGCAGUAUUAAAGAAAUGCAUUAACUGCCAUUUAUUUGAAAUUAUAUGGCUAUAACUAGGUUAGCCUGUAAUAUCAGUCAGUAUUUGCAGCUUGUAGUGUAAAGACAUAUGUUAUCUUAAAUUUAAGCAUUCCUCAAUUCAAAGAUAAUGUAUGUACAACUAAAACUAUAUUCUUAGUACUAUAAACUGCACUUUCACUAAAAGAUGGGAGAUAUAUAGUGUGUGAUCAACAAUGAAAAUAUAUAGAUUUGGAAGUUAAUCUGCAGUCAGACCUAGUAACACUGGAAUGUAUAUGCAUAAGUUCAACUGCAUUAUGUCUGUUUAAUUGUGUAUUAAGCUUCAGUGAUUCUAGGUCAUGUGUUUGAGCACUAUAGUGGUGAUCACAUCUUAUUUUUAUGUGAAUGUUUUGUUUAUCAUGUAUAUAAAACUGCUAUCAAUGAAUUAAGAACACUGUUUGAGAGAGAUUUAGGGAGGCUAGAAAACAUAAUCAUCAUCAUUUAAUUUUGUAACUGCUGGUUUUAUGUACUGUUGUCUUUUGAUUUAGAUUUCACAUUUUAAUAAUAUCUUAAAGUUUCAAGGAAUAGUUGAUUAAUUUCUGGUAUUGUUGAUGUGUAAUGAUUUGACAGUACCCUCUCACAUAUGUAGGAAAUUUGGUACUUAUGAUAUCCUAGUCCUUUUUCUUUUUUACAGAUUGAUAAUUACAGAAGUGUUCAGGCACUACCUAUUUUCAUGAUAUAUUUUGCUUAUUACAGAAUUUUUAGUUCAGUAUAUUCCCAUUUGGCUUUCAGGUAGCUUGCUAACAGGCAUAUUGACUACAUCCUCAUUCAUACAUAGAUUCAUCUGUCUAUUCAUUUAUUUAUCCAGAUAUUAAGCUGACAUUACCUCUAAAGGUUGGUAGCCAAGAUUACUGGUCACACCUUUUAUUGUAGGAAUAAAAAUACAAAGGAGGGGAUUUUCAGUCCUUGUUCUCUAUCCCUUCUAGUCACUUUUUUUUUCUUUAUAUAUAUAUAUAUAUAUAUAUAUAUAUAUAUAUAUAUAUAUAUAUAUAUAUAUAUAUAUAUAUAUAUAUAUAUAUAUAUAUAUAUAUAUAUAUAGGGAGUACAGUGGUAGUAUUAUUCUAGACUGGCUGCAGAGUGUCCAGGAUGUGCCCUCUGCCAUAGGGAAAAUGUACAUACUUCCAUUUACAUACUUUAACCUUAUAAUUUUGUUCUUACAUGGUUCUUAGUUGUUCUGUAAUGAUUAACUAUUUAUUUUUACCUGCAUCUGAGGUGUCUCAGGGUACUUAUCUCUGCUCAUUAGAUCAUUUUAUAGUUUACAGUAUCAAUUUUCUGUAACAUACCACUUUUGUAAUAAAUUUUUGUUUUCAUCUUCUUUAUCGUUAUAUCAUAUUUCACUCAGCUAGCUCAUUCACAUUGCCUCUGCCUGAAUUCACUCAUUUCGUUAUACAUUCCAGAUGUGUGUUUCUGAGGUAUCUCAUAUUUUCAAAAUAGGAAAAAUAGAGAUAGAUUGCUUAUGUAUAUUGGAUGAAAAACUGACUGACUGAUUACACUGACUGAUUAUUCUGUAGAUUUUCAUCUAAAUUCUGAAUAGCUCUAAUUUUUAUUCUCAUGCACCAUUCCCUACACAUUUCACUGCAUUAUAAAUUCACAAUACAUAUUUGCCUAAAAUGAUUGUAAAGACUUCUGUACAUUUGCACCACACUUGCAUGUAUGUUGCACCACUGUAAUUGCAUAACUGCACAGCUUAUUGUGUAGGUCACCAAAAUAGUUUCUGAACAUAAAUAAUAUUUGCUAGUAAAAUUUUUAAAAAGAAUCUACAUUUAUAAAAAUAAAUUCCAUCUUUGAUUAUAAGGUGUUUGUUUAAAGUGACAUCAAUGAAGUGUUGAUUGUGUGAGAAAUGUGUUUUUAUAAAGGCAAUAAUGAACAUUUUUUAGAGAUUUUGAACAACUAGCCCUUUCUAUAUAAUAUCAUGCGAGUGGUAUGCAAGAAGAGGAGGGACAGUGUGGCUUUCAUUCAGUCACUAAACAAUUAUCAUUCAGUAAAGACAAACCAUGAUUUAUGAAUGUGUCUUAUCAAGACUAUGAAUUAAUAACUUUGUUCUUUAUUAUGAUUUUCAGUUGUGGAAUUCACAGAUAAAAAUUAUAAUUUUGUUUCACUUUACAAAAUGCUGAAAAUUAUAGAAAAAAAUAGAAAUUCACAAUUGACAACAGCAAUCCCUCUCCAUCUCUAGUUACUCAUCUGUUACUGCCAGUUCACUACCUAUGAUAUGCAUAAUUUGCAAGUUUUGUAGUGCAUAUUAUAGUACAUUACUCCAUGCUAUCAGUAACCCCAACACCCUAGCAUCAUCCUGGUAACUUUUGAUUACCACACACCUACCUCUCCAUCUCCCCAAGUGUUUUGGCUUCUAACUCUUUUACAAGUGUAAAGUUCAAUAACUCCACUCUGACUCAUGCUUAUAAAAUUUUAAUUGUUUACAAUUCAUAAUAUAUGUGAGAAAGUUUGCUUCUCUGAUAAUGGAGAUACACACAAAUAUUUACAGAUAUUUCUAACAACUGCACUUGAAAAAAAAAAUUAAAGAAUAAUUUAUUUGAAAUUAUUUUGCUAUUAAGCAUGACAGGUGAUGUAGCACAAAAAUGAGUUUAGACAAUAAAAACAUACAAAUUCAUGGCCAUUGUAGUGACAGGCGGUCCAAUACAUAUGCCUCAUUUUGGGAUGGUUACAGUGCCUUUAUAAUACAUACAUUUUGGAAUUAUGUAUCCAUUAAUAUUUAGGAAUUUGCAUUUUAUUAUUUCUCUAGCUACUUAUAAUCCCAUUAGUAAAUGAAAUAGUAGAAUACAGAUGCUGACAACAUUUGUAGACCCUGCUGCCAAUGAAAGUGGCACACAUGAUAAAACAAACCAUUGUUUCAUAGUGCAGGAAAAAUGUUGAGCUCAGUUGGAAUAAAGGGAUUAAUAUGAAAGUGUAGUAACAUCAGCAAGCAGUUUGUACAUGUCAGCUGUCACAUCUCUACAUGUCAUCACUCAGAUGAUUCUUGACCCCAUUAAGGAGUACUCACAUUUGCCAUGCUUACCCAGAAAUUGUGGCAAAUUUCUUUGCACAUUUCAUAUUGAUAAUACUAUUUAAGUGUUAAUAUCACAUAAGCUUCAAAUAUCCCAAACCAAUAUGGCCCUUAUUGACUUCUCCAAAAGGAUGGUUUUGGGUUUAUGCAGAUUUCUGGGGAGACAGGAGUGCCAUAAAAAUCUGUGCACUGUGUGAAGCAUAGGCUGAAAAGAUGAUAAGAUAAUUAUUCCAUCCCAGUGAAACAAACUGCCGUGGAUGAAGGCGUGUUUUGUCUAAAAGAACUUUAUUUUUGACAAUGCAUGAAGUGAGUACUUCACCAUUCCUCACAGCAAGAAAAAUAAAGCAAAAAAAUUCUUAGUAUGUGUGACACAAAACAAAACAUCAGCAUGCAACUUUCAUUGGCAGCAGGUGUAUUCAAAAUGUGAGAAACAAAAGGAGAAUGGUCAUUAGUCUCAAUGUAUCAUGUCUUGGGAACUUUUUUUUUUUAUUUACAGUAUGAUUAUAUAUAUUGAUUAUCUGUCAGUACUGUAUGUAUCUUUGCAUGUUUGAUGCAAAAAAUAUCAUAGAUGCAUUUUGGUUAUUUUAUAAGAAAAGAUUAAGAAAAAACUAACUCAUUUAUAAAUUAUGGGUUGUCUGUAUUUAUUUCAUUGAUGAAAUUUAGCAAUACUCCCUUGUAUCAUAGAUUUAUAUUUAAAGGUAAUGUUCACCAUGCAAUUCAGACAAAUGCUUGUAAUUGCAAAGCUAGAAAUUUAUCAGCCACUUGAAAUAUAUGUAUGCUGAGGCCCCAUCCACAUGACUGAGCAUUGCUUGAUGAAUGCUUGCUUCAUGCUCACUGUUUGGGCAAAAUUGGCUGGCAAAGCAGUGGGGUGCCUGUGCCCAUGAUUGAGUGAAGCCAUAUAAGGUCAUCUGCCUGGUAGUUUGACCAUUUGCUGCUGGGUGUGGAUGGAUGGCCUGCAUGUAUGAUAACAGAUUUUGCUUGGUCAAAGUCUGCUGGACACCGUUUGAUCGUGUGGAUGGGGUAUAAUUUAUCACUUUGUUGAGGAUGUAAGUUAAUUAUUGAUAUUUUGGCAAAUUUUUAUUUCCAUGAAUGGCUAUGAUGUACAAUUGAUAUUGUAAUAGUUCAUCUUUGGUCAUUUGUGGAAAAAAAUUAACAUUCCUAUAAUUCUUAAAAAAAAAAAAAAAAAAAAAAAAAAACUGAAGCACUUCUGACACUGCCAUACCUAAUUCAUUUAGUUAUCUCUGGCUUCUGGCAUCAGGAACUAGCAAUUCUCAACCAUCUAGAUCUUGUGAAAUACACAGAGAAAGAAUGAGAAUUGUUGGCUUUUGUCAUACAAUAGCAAUAUAAUUAAUAACUGACUAUUUAAGAAAUAUUAAGUCUCCAAAAAUAUAGUAGCUUGGCUUUAGGUUACAAGUCCUUUGAAAUAGUCCUCUUGUGACUCCACUCAGUACAACAGUUUUUCCAUUGCUAAAAAUGAUUUUAGAAGCUGUAUAUUGGGAUAGCUAUGAGCUGUGCUGUUAUGCUCUUCAUGAUGCCUUCUUGACUCUCAAAUCAGGAAUGUUUCAGAGGCAUCUUCAGCUUGGGAACAGCCAAGGAGGCAUAUCUAGAAAGUAUGGGAGCCUAGUGAACCUGAGGAAUUCCAGGCUUGGCUAAGGAGUCCUGAAACAGGUGUGGAGAAUGGCCCUAGGCUGAGACACCUAUAUUUUCCAGAAACAGAACUAGCAAUGUUCACACCAGCUGUUAAUUUAUGCCACAGCUGUCCAUAUCCAGGCCCACAGUGAGUAGAAUUUUGAUUAAUUUAUCUCAAGGAUGCCACAACAAAUCUAGUUGUAGUAUACAUGGCCUGAGCUGACUUGUGUGGUCUGUCUCCAUACCUAUAUUUAUCCAGUUUUCCUUUAAUUGAUGUAUACUUGUGUAGGAAAGCUGUAUUUCUUUGUGUUACUUGGGCAUCCUUCACUUCUCAAUUUUUCUUGUGUUCCCUCAAAAUUCUUGGUCUUCCUCUUCUCCACAGCAGUACAGGUAUGUUACAUCUAUCAAGUAGUUCCUCAUUUUGCUUAGUGCAUGUUAGUGUGUAUGUGAUUUGAUGGAUGGAUGGAUGAUACAUCACUUGUUGGGAAAUAUGUUUAAUUUACAGAUGCAUUUUUAUAAUUAUUUGCAUAUUUAUUUAUUUGUUUACUGAUGUAGUAUUCAUUUAUGCUAUUUAAUCUUAAAUUCUUUACUAUCAAGUAUCAUAUUUAUUUUACUAUCUGUUUGCACCAUGAUUCCUCAUGUAACUAAGAAGACUAAAAGAUUUUGAAUCCUUUAGGACAGAGAUGAUUUAAGCUUGUGUCUGUUCACACUGGUCACUGUUCACUUAGUAGAGAGUAGGUUUGGAAUACAAGUUAGAGUCGUGAUGUAUUGGGCAGGAAUGAAAGUUCAACGAUCUUA